CAUAUAAAAAAAUUCAAAUGGAUUUUCAAAAACACUUUAGACCAUAUUUAUUACAUAUAUUUAAAAGAUUUUUAAUUUUUCAAAUUAUUUUUUAAUAUUUUAAAUUAUUUUACUGGAAAUUUGAUUUGAUAUAAUCUCGGAUAUUUGGGCUGACUUUUCAUCGUAUUUAUUUUCUCCCAUAGGCCUAAAACAACGAAACCCAUCAUCAUCCAUCAAUUCUCUGCUUUACAAAACGACACAACUCCACCAGAUUCAGACAAAAGGCCAAACAUCCGCCACGUCACACUUCACAAAAUCAACACCACGUGUCACUUCCACAACUCGUCGAGGAAAAAAAAAAAGAAAGUAGAUGACGUUACAGUUAACAAACCAACCCGCGAAUGUCGGCUUCGUCGUUCUCCUCUCCUCUCACACACCCACUUCGCAGAUUCAACCAUCACCAUCUCUCAAACAAACCCGUUUCCUCUCUGUUCUUCUGCUCCGCCGCGAAAAUGAACGGAAAUAUACACUGUGUACCAGGUCUCGGCGAAGAAGAGAUGGACACGGUUGUUGGAAAAACGUUUGAGAGAUACGCAUUGCCUUCUUCUUCUUCUUCUUCAUCAAAGAGAACCGGCAAAGGAACCACGAUCUUAUGGUUUAGAAACGAUCUUAGAGUUCUUGACAACGACGCAUUGUACAAAGCUUGGUGUUCCUCCGACACCGUUUUGCCUGUUUACUGUCUUGAUCCUCGUCUCUUUCACACUACUCACUUCUUCUCCUUCCCUAAAACAGGAGCUUUGAGAGGUGCGUUUCUUAUGGAAUGUUUGGCUGAUUUGAGAAAGAACCUGAUGAGAAGAGGAUUGAAUCUUCUUAUCCGGAAUGGUAAACCAGAAGACAUUCUUCCUUCUCUUGCCAAAGACUUUGGAGCUCAUACAGUGUUUGCUCAUAAAGAAACGUGCAGCGAGGAGCUACAUGUUGAGAGGCUUGUGGAUAAGGCUUUGAAAGGGGUUGGGAAUGGGACUAAGCUUGAGCUUAUCUGGGGAAGCACAAUGUACCACAAAGAUGAUCUUCCUUUUGAUGUUCUUGAUUUGCCUGAUAUCUACACUCAGUUUCGUAAGUCGGUGGAAGCGAACUGUAGAAUCAGAAGCUCCACUCGUAUUCCACUAUCUUUAGGGCCAACACCUUGUGUUGAUAAAUGGGGAGAUGUUCCAACUCUUUCUCAACUUGGACUUGAGCCACAAGAGGUGACCAGAGGGAUGAGAUUUGUUGGUGGUGAAAGUGCAGGAGUAGGCAGAGUUUUUGAGUACUUUUGGAAGAAGGAUCUUUUGAAAGUAUACAAAGAGACGAGGAAUGGAAUGUUGGGACCUGAUUACUCAACUAAAUUCUCACCAUGGCUUGCCUUUGGAUGUAUCUCUCCUCGGUUUAUCUAUGAAGAGGUUCAAAGAUAUGAAAGAGAAAGAAUAGCAAACAACUCAACAUACUGGGUGUUGUUUGAGUUACUAUGGAGAGAUUACUUCAGGUUUCUUUCAAUCAAGUGUGGCAACUCUUUAUUCCAUCUAGGUGGUCCAAGAAAUGUGCAAGGGGAAUGGAGUCAAGAUAAGAGGCUGUUUGAGUCUUGGAGAGAUGGCAAGACAGGGUAUCCUCUUAUAGAUGCAAACAUGAAGGAGUUAUCCACUACAGGUUUCAUGUCAAACCGAGGCAGACAGAUUGUUUGUUCGUUUCUUGUGAGGGACAUGGGCUUGGACUGGCGCAUGGGUGCUGAAUGGUUUGAGACAUGUCUAUUGGACUAUGAUCCUUGUUCUAAUUAUGGAAACUGGACCUAUGGAGCAGGAGUUGGUAAUGAUCCAAGAGAAGACCGGUACUUCAGCAUCCCCAAGCAAGCACAGAACUAUGAUCCAGAAGGAGAAUACGUAGCGUUUUGGGUGCAGCAGCUGCGUCGGCUUCCAAAAGAGAAGAGGCAUUGCCCAGGGAGAUUGAUGUAUAUGGACACAGUUGUGCCAUUGAAGCAUGGUCAUGGUGGUGGUAAUGCUCAAACGUCUCGAGGGUCAAAGUCUCGUGGUGGUUUCAGAGAUAAUCACAGUGGGAGACGUUGAAGACACCAAAAGGUCCUUAGAGAAACUAUACUUCACAAGAAUUUGUAUUAUCAUUAUUAUUAUUAUAUAUAAACUAUGCAGUAUUCAUAUUGCACGUUUGAUUAAAACUACAUAGCAAUCAUAUAUAUUACACGA